AUGACGACGCAGCAACUUGUUCAGCAGCGGAUGCGCGAGGCCUUCGGCUCUCCCAACGAAGCCAUACACGCUUGUAUUCGCGACAACAAUAUUAGCCAGUUGCAGCAGCUAGUUAUCAGCUGCCCCUCGGCUGAUCUAGAAUAUCUGAACCACGCAUGGGGCGCGCCUCUCCACGUCGCCGUGUGGUCCGCCAACUUGUCGGCGGUGGACGUCUUGCUGGAUGCGGGCGCCGACGUUCUUGCCGAGACUGCCGACGACUCGUUGUCCGCCACGCCUCUCGGCCUGGCUGCGCGUCUCGGACUUGUGGACAUCCUCAGGCGUCUCUGGAUUAGUGUCCCGCCCGAGAGUCACGCCAAUGUGUUUCGCCCACCCUUGUCUUGUCUCAUCUUGGCAGCAACGUACGGCCAGGCUGCCACUGUCGGCCACCUCUUGGACUGGUGGGAUGGCUGGUCCCUCGACGUCAGGGAUACGGCGCUUUGCUACGCAUCAGGGCGGUGGCAGGUUCAUUCUGUUCAAGUCCUCCUGGAAAGGCUCCGCUUCAGCCACGAGACAAUGGUCCGCGCACUUCACAAGGCAGCCGACUUCAAGUUUAUCAUGGCCGAGGAGGAGGGGGCACUUGGCGUUCAAUACUCUGAGAUGGACUAUGUCCACCAGCGGCAGCUCAUCGCCAAGCUGGUUGAUGCCGGAGCAGAUGUCAAUGCUCGUCUCCACGGGCAGCAUCUAACCCUCCAGGCCGCGGGCGUAAUCGACCUGGCCCCCGCGCUGAGCCAGCUUCUCGAAAGCGGCCUAGACCCUGGUGCCAAGAGCGGCAACGAUGCCGACCAAGAGCAGUCGGCGCUCCAUCUCCUCGGCUCGCCAGUUCGGCUCCAUCCACGCAGAGCAACCUGCCGCCUUCACGAAUCCGGCAUCCGCCUCUUGCUGCAGCACGGCGCCUCCGUGUUCCAGAGAGAUGCUCUGGGAAACACGCCCCUGCACUGCGCCGCGUUCGGCUCUAAUCUGCGCAUAUUCAGCCUCUACCUCUCGUCUGCCGGCAGCACCGCAGACAUGGCGGUCGAGAAUGAUCACGGCGAGACCCUGCUGCAUUGGGCUGCUGCCGGCGGCAAAACAGACAUUCUGGAGUACCUUUUAUCUCACGGGGCCGAUGUCAAUGCCGCAAGUGCCAACGGAUGGACCCCUUUGAUGUGCGCCCUUGCCCCUUCCAGGGAGAGCCGUCUCGUCGGGGCACAAGCCAAGGAACUCUCGGCGGCCAUCCGGGCUGCCCAGCUGUUGCUCUCCAGUGGCGCCACCCCUUUUUUCGUCACCGCCGAGGGGUGGACGCCGUUGCAUUGUCUCGCAUUGCACCUUGAUCAUGAUGAGGACGGCCAAGCGCGCCUGUUGGCCGAGCAGCUGAUUUUGGCCGGCGGCAGCGGCCGUGUUGUCGACGCCCGGGCUCCGAUGCUCCUAUCCGAUCGCCGGCCGAAUCGCGGAUAUGCCCCCCGGGCCGCCUUGACAUCGAGCCACAUUGGACUCGGCGAUGCUUCCGCGCUCUGGGGCUUCCGUGUGGAAGAAGCAAUCCGAUUGGCUGAUACUCACCCUGUUUUGACUGUCAAACGCGACCUAACCCCGCUCCACUGGGCUGCGGAACACGGCGCUGUUGGCGUCGCCAAGGCUUUGUUGACCCAUGGUGCUAAUAUCUUGUCCGAGGACCCAUUUGGAAACACCCCGGCCAUGACCGCCACCGCAUCGAAGUUGCUUGAGCGUAGACCUGACGUGAGGGAAAAGCUUAUCCAAGUCUUGGGCCACCACGCUGAGGAUAAUAUUUGA